CCGUGCAUUUUGCAACACCAAAUUAUGCCUGCGGCAUGCAUGAACAAUUAAGAACCAAACCAUGGAGCAACCUGCACAAUGACUUUGGCCAUCAUGAGAAAUCGAGACUGCUCAAGGCAACACCGUCCGAUGACCACUGAGCCAUGCGAUAACAAUGGCAUCCAACCAAUCAAUAUCCCUCCUUGCGCGCGCAAGGUCAGCCAGACUUGCACCCAACACCAACAACAAGCAGCCACCGGUGAACUCGUCCACAGGCGGAGGUGCACCUAUUCCCGGCCCCAGUAGCACUUCAUCGCCCAACGUUUCGCUCUUCUUGACGAAUCUGCGCCUGCUCGACCUUGAUUCGUUGCCCGAUUGGCCCGACAUCAACCCGUUGACCUUUACCAACAAGGAUCUUGCACAGGGUCAAAAGAAGCGUAUCCAGUCGGUGGAAUGGGCACUCUACCAGCUAUUUGAUCUCUGGGACGCGGAGGAGACGCGAAAUAAACUCAAACCAUUCUUCCCCCCGCUCGACCAACUACAAUCAACCAAUCUUCGCGCCGCUCUUUUACGAUGCCUCGAACAGGCCAAGAAGAAUGGCGUCCUCGGCCGCGAUGCUGUGGUGCGGAGGACCAUGCUGGAUGAAUGCAAGGGCGAACGACUAGAAGAGGUCCUUGCCACUUUUUCAUCCGCCGUACUGAAGAAGAUGGUGUCGGAGGCGAGCCUCAACGGCAAAGAGCACCUGACAAUUGCCGAGACUCUCGCCCUGGAGAACCGCGGGUACUCUGGCGACACGGCACAGAUCACGGCCCUGGUGUUGGCCCACCGCGCGUCACUGAGCAAGACGCUGCGAGAGAGGCGGGAGGCACGGGGGCGGUACAAAGACCUGGCGCAGCUGCUGGAUCUAAAAGAGCGUGGGAUCUCGAGGCGGAAGCUGCAGCUGGGGGAGGUCAAGGCCCAUGCGGCGGACGGCAUGUCCGAGGACGAAAAGCUGGCGUUAUGGCGGGCGGUGCGGAACAACUGGGCCGGCAACGAGCGCUGGAUGGAGGCGCUGCUCUAUGGUGACGCUCCGCGGGACGGCCUGCUCACGGCACCUUUUGACCGCGUGUGGAGGCGGGUGCAGUCCGGGCGCUUGGCUGAGUUGGAGGCGCAUUGCGAGCCUGGUUUGAUCGAGCAGCUGGACGGCCGAGUCAAGAUGCAAAAGGAGAGGCUGCAGAAGUGGCAGACGUUCCGGCGGGACAUGUUUGGCACGGACUUGAUCAAGGAAGACCGGGCGCAGAAGAGAAAGUCUCUGACGCUUGAUCAUGUGGCCAAACCUAGGGGCAUUGAUCUCGGUUUUGGGGCGCAUGAAAACAUACGAUAUGGCACCGCGAGUCCCAUGAAGCUGGCGGCUAAACCACAGUCCCUCAAACCGGAGUAUAAAGCCUUGGUCGAUGAUUUGCAGGAGGAACUGGAUUCUAUCAACAAAGGGCAAUCAAACCCGUUCGCUGGCGGGCUACAAUUUGUGCAGCGCAUUGAUAUGCGCGAGGCUGCAGCUUUGCAUGCGACGGAUUUGCCGGAAGAGUCGACAUUUAAACAUGUUGAUCUUGAGGAAGACUCUGCCGAAGCCUGGUCAGCAUCCAAUUUUGCCAGGCCUAGUGAAUCAUACAUGGAUCCUCCUCACAAACCGUCAACCAUGGCUUUGCCCGAAAAGAAACAAAACAAGAGAGCUAUAUCCUACAGCCAACCUGUCGAGCGCAAAAGCACUGCUCCCAAGCCCGAAGUCGAACGUACAGUCAGUGAACGGCCAAAAUCACUGGUUCUUGACCAGAACACACGGCUGCCUUCAGCUGCAGGGGCCAGAACGAACAAACCACCCCUGAGUGCGCGCAACGUCUACUCCUCUGGACCUGCAGAUGCCCCUGCAGCAAAUGCACCCUCAAAUCGCCCGGCAGCUCGACCUCGCACGCCUUCCCCGCCUCCAGCUCCGAGAUAUACCCCAGAGGAGCGGCCUAUCGAACCCCCACAGCCAGUCGUAUCCCAGACACAGCGAGAAGCGGACGCCAUACUUGCAUCAAUAUCAGCCGCGUCCCCCUCUCCCGAAAAGAAACCGCGCCACACCCUCUCGCUGGCCGAACGCACACGUCUGUCCAUGGUACGUGACGUCAACGAGGGCGAGGACGAGGAGCUGGAUCGCCUCUCCCUGAAGCGGCGUGGCUCCACGAGCGGCAAGAACAAGAGACCUGUCGCUGAGGGAACCAUGGACGGCAACGCCGCGAUCCCGGAAGAGGACGAGGCUGAGGACGAUCUCGUCGCGCGCACCCGACGUAGCAUGGCCAACUUUGAAGCGACUCGCCAAAAGGUACAACUGGAACGGCGGCGGUCGCAGCGCAAGGCAGCGAGGGAAUCCAACGUCCACCAGCAACACAGGAGGAAUGGCGGCGGCAGCAUUUCUGCCAUGCCUUCUACAUUGGAGGAGGGGGCGGCUGAAGGAGACAGCGUGCUGGUGGAUCAGAUGCUAGAGCAGGGCGUUGACGACUACGAGGCCGUGUUUAAGAGUCGGCCCAAGAUUCAGACGAGUCCCCGGUUAACAGCACAGUGAUUUCCACAUAGAAUGGAUUAAUGAUUAUGGUAGCGAAUAGAGGUUCCGAGCGAUAUAAAUACUCAGUGAUGUGG